AACAAGCUCAUUCAUUCCUGUAUGCGUUCACAGAUCCCACAUUUAAACGCGACGAAGGGUAUUUUGUUGAUGACGGGACUCUUUUUACCUUACCUACAUUGACGGAUGUGAUUUAGGUUUAUAAAACUUUAAAGAUCUCGAUGUUAUUUGGAGAGUAACGCUGAAUCGCAGACAGACGGGCAGCUGUUGCAGUGUUUCAGUAUCAUGGAGGCGUGCAGUGGGACUGCAGCAGGGACGCGCGGCAGAACUCCAGCAUCUCUGAGAGACGCAUGCAAUCAUGAUCCCUGUGAAGGGCCCCACCCAGAGGAUGAUGAGGGGGAGGAAGAUAGGAUCCGGCAGCCAGCUGAGACUGCAGGCUGGGAAGACGCCAUUGCUGUUAUGGCACGAAGAGCAUCGAUGGUGCCUGCAGACCUGCCUGCAGAAUCUUCCCUGCGCUCAUGUGCCAGCACUGCCAGCAUGAAGGUCAAGAACAUCAAAAAACUGUCCCUCACCAAAGGCCAUUUCCCCCGGCUGGCAGAAUGUGCUCACUUUCACUAUGAGAACGUUGACUUUGGCUCUGUGCAGCUGUCUUUAGCUGAAGAUCAGAACGACCUCGCACACACUGGUCUUGACUCAAAGGAGCUGGUGUAUCUGGUCCAAAUCUGUUGCCAGGGUCGUAAGUGGACUGUGAAGCGCUCGUAUGAAGAGUUUCGUGUCCUUGACAAGCAUCUCCACCUUUGUAUCUACGACAGAAGGUUCUCUCAGCUUCCUGAACUGCCCCGAUUAGACAGCCUGAAGGACAAGACACUUUUCCAGAUGCUCACUGCUUACAUUUCCCGCUUCUCAGCCAUUGCUGAUAAUAAGAUCAACUGUGGGCCAGCACUCACAUGGAUGGAGAUUGACAACAAAGGGAACCACCUGCUGGUUCACGAUGAGUCAUCAAUUAAUGUUCCUGCUGUAGCUGCAGCCCAUGUCAUAAAGCGCUACAUCGCCCAAGCAGCAGAUGAACUCUCUUUUGAGGUUGGGGAUAUAGUAUCGGUGAUCGAUAUGCCUCCUACAGGCGACACAGGCUGGUGGAGAGGAAAACAUGGUUUUCAGGUGGGAUUUUUCCCUUCUGAAUGUGUGGAACUAAUUAGUGAGAAAAUCCCAUCAAACGUGAUCAAUUCAUUUGUUAAGCCAGUGUCAAAGAAGCAUGGCAAGCUGAUCACAUUUCUGCGCACGUUUAUGAAAUCGCGCCCCACCAAGCAGAAGCUAAAACAGCGAGGUAUUCUGAAGGAGAGGGUGUUCAGCUGUGACCUUGGAGAACAUUUGCUUAACUCGUGCCAUGACGUCCCACAGGUCAUAAGAAGCUGCGCUGAGUUUAUUGAGAGAUAUGGAGUGGUGGAUGGAAUUUACCGCUUAUCUGGAAUUUCCUCCAAUAUUCAGAAACUGCGGCACGAGUUUGACUCGGAGCAUGUUCCUGAUCUCACUAAGGACACUUACGUCCAGGACAUUCAUUCAGUGGGAUCCUUGUGUAAACUUUACUUCCGGGAGCUGCCCAACCCACUGCUUACCUACCAGCUCUAUGAGAAAUUCUCUGAUGCUGUAUCAGCUGCCACUGAUGAGGAGAGGCUGAUCAAAGUCCAUGAUGUCAUACAGCAGCUGCCUCCGCCACACUACAGAACUCUUGAGUUUCUAAUGAGACAUUUAUCCCGUAUGGGAACCUACAGUACUGUUACCAACAUGCACUGCAAAAACCUAGCUAUAGUCUGGGCUCCAAAUCUUCUCAGGUCUAAACAGAUUGAGUCAGCGUGUUUUAGUGGAACCUCUGCCUUCAUGGAAGUGCGCGUUCAGUCGGUUGUUGUGGAGUUCAUCCUCAAUCACGUCGAUGUUCUCUUCAGUCCCAAACUCAGCACUUUGAUCCGCCAGAGCACAGGCCAUGCUACAUUAGCUCGGCCCAAAUCUCUGAUGGUCAGCUCACCAUCUACCAAACUGCUUUCACUGGAGGAAGCUCAGGCCCGGACCCAAGCCCAGCUCAUCUCUCCUGUGUCUCCUGACAGCAAGUACAUCGAUGUCGGAGAAGGGCCAGCUGCCCUUCAGGGCAAGUUCCACACGGUCAUUGAAUUUCCUUCUGAGAGGAAAAAGGGUUCAACCAAAUCCAAAAAGUCUCCGGUUGGAAACUGGCUUUCAUUCUUUAAUAUGGGAAAGUCCCCAGCUCAUGCCAAACCCAAAUUACAUAGACAUCCCAGUGAGCCCAAUGAGAUGAAGACUGCACCCCUCCCAGGUGGAAGAGGAGACACUGGAACAUUACGAUCUGCGAAAAGUGAAGAAUCUCUGUCCUCCUCGCAUAACUUUGAGGGUGGAUCAAAUGUGUAUCGUCCGCGCAGACCUCUCUCCACCAGUGAGGCUUUGUCUAUCUCAUUCAAUGAGGAGCUGCUGGACAGCAGAGCAACUGAGGACUCUCGCUUCAGCCUCAAAGACCUCAAGAAAGACACCGUUGCUUCCUCUUCUUGUGUGCCUGCUCUUAUAUCUCCUCCCCACCCUGCAGCGGAUUUUGAGUUUAUAGGCAUAGUUUCUUCAGAUAUAGACCCGCUGGCCUUCAAUUGCAGCACGCAGCCGACUGAUCCCACUGUAUCUGAUGGAAAGAAAAGAGGCAGCCGCAAAAAGGCGAGAGGCAGCCUUGUUGAGUCUGAGCCUGUAGACAAAGUCACUAGUCCCUCCCUGCCACAUGAUCUCAUCCUGCCACGCUUGGAAGAUAAAAAUCGCAGCCACUCUGAAGUGCCAGUCGCCCCAGCUAAGCUGGAGGUGGGAAGCUCUAAGGCAAGCCAAGAAGGAACCACAAAGAGUUCAGUGGCAAAGAGUGUAACUGUGUCCUGUCCAUCCGACAUCAUGUCUCUCAUGAAAAAACCCAGUGUGUCCUCAAGAAGCAGUGAAGGCCAUCAGCGAUCUGCUAGCUUUUGUAAGACAGAGAGUAAACCAGUGGAGGUCAAGGAGCACAGAAGGACAGAAUCAGGUUCAGUGACAUUUGAAUGUACCCCCGGCUUGGUGAGGUCCGUGUCUCUCAUAACUCCCCAGCCUGCAUUGAAGAGCGCCGCCCGUAUGCUAGCUCUAGAACUCGCCGAGUCCGCCCAGCAAGCCACCCGACUCAGCAAACGUGGGAGCUCAGAACCCCCCACACCUGUUUCUCCAGUUCACAAUCCAAACGCACUGUUCACACUUCAUUUUCCUCCUCUACGUCCUCUCCAAACAUCCUCUGAUAGAGAGGAACGGUACGUGUCUACCAGAACUAUCCCGGAUCCUUCCAGCACCAUGUCAACUGAGAGCCACACCGAUGCGGGCAGCCUACGCAGCAACUGCGCCUGCCACGGCAGUGAAAGUGGCCUCAGCUUCACCGACAGUUGCGACGCACCCGCUGGUAGCCACUGCACACAUGCGCCCUCUCCUCAUAGAAAUCCAGAGAUUCAGCUGGUUCCAGAGAGCCGCACUGCUAUGAGAGAUAACAUCCGCCAUGUUGGAGUCGGUACAGACGGGGGUGCUACGAGCCAAGAUGCGGAGGUGGAGGUGUACAGAAGUUUGCAGCCUUCAGAGAGAUUCUCAGGGCAAACUUCUCUGGGCGGCCAGUCAGCCAUCGACGCGCUACACAACAAACAGUCUGCUAACGCCGCAAACUUCCGAGCCAUACUGGCGGAAACUGCCAUGCCUGCUUCGGUGCAUGAAGUUCUUCCGCACGCUCCGAGUAUUCCUCCAUCGAGCUUGGUCUAUCAGUACCAACCGAAAGACAAAAGAUCAGCUCACUCCCAACACUGGUCAAGCCCAGUUGGACAAAGCACGCCUUAUUAUCAUCUGGACGAGGGGCGUCCUCAUCCCAGAGUCCUCUCGAGAAACUACUGCAAUACCCUUGCGCCACGAUCCCUGCACCAGUCUAUUAAAUACAAAGGUCAAAGGGAAGAAUACACCUACAGACAAGGAGGUCCGAGGUAUCCACCACUAGAUGGAGCCUCUGUAUAUCCCACUAUCCGCAGGGUGCGUUCCAUGCACACUCCACCAGAGGACAAGUUUUACCUCCUCCAGAACAAACCUUUCCCAAAACCGCCUCCAUCAGACAUCCGGCCUUACUUUGAAGAUGGGAAAGUUCGAUACAGGUACAGCCCCUACUCAGAAGCUCGGUAUAAUAAAGCAGAUCAACGCAGUCAUCUCUCUUACACUCUUAGCAGAUUGCCUUCACGUCCGUCAAAGGUAAUAAGCGGCACUGAAAACUACCUUCACAACCUUCCACCGAACAAUGACUCUGACUUUAUAACCAGAGACGCUGGUGUUCAGCCAAGAAUGAAGAAUCCCUCUCUCUAUGAGGCUUUAAAUUCCGGUUUAUCUGAUCGACAUUUCAGCCAGUCCAUUAGACGGGAGAACUCAGCCAAAGAGAGGUCGCUGGGUCCAGUUGGGCCCCAUGUUAUAAGAGGCAGUCGGUGCCAGGAAACGAUGAACUCUAGGAGCAGAUCAAACUCUGGAAAAGAGAUGCUGAUUUCUACUGAAGGGGAUGAUGGGAAGUACAGGGUAACCAUGGUGUCUCAUUACUCCCCAGAGCGCCCGCUUUCUGAUCCCAAUAUGCCUGCGCCCUAUCACUCUGACCGCUAUGGAGGCGGGCAGGGAGCCAGAUCGUCUCUUAUGAUGAAGCAGAGUCGAUCCAUGCACAACUAUCCACAACACAGACUCGAGUCCACGCCCCACAACCUGACCCUUCAUAAGGAAUACAGCUGCCCGGAUUUUAAACACACGGGGUCCAGCGACGGCUUCUCUGUCACACACCCGAAACAGGACAGGAUGGUGUAUAACACUCUCCGACACUACUCUAAAGAGGACUAUCAGUACAUUCGGGCAAUGAGCAGGGAUUCUCAGAGGUCUAAGAGAUCACAGAGUGUAAAAACACGCCAUCCACAGGGUCAAACCCGAAUUGGUCUGGAGCGGGAUCACAGACAGUCAUUUUCUUCCCAAAGUAGGACGAGAACUCGUAGCAUGUACGUGCCAUCUCGUACGGACUACUCGGAAAGCUACGUGGCUGCACACUCGAAGGUUCCUAAGAGCAGUCGAACGGGAUCCAGCAUUUUCCUGAAUUAUGGCUGCAUGCCAUCUCAUAAUAAGAGACUGUACUCGACUGCUGUGGGUCACCCGGGUUUUCAUCAGACAGAGAUCAGGCCUGAGAUGCAGAUUUAUGCUGAAUGAAUAGAAAAUAAGUAAAAUAAAUAAUCAGAAAAUAUAACCUCUGCAGGGCAGUGGUUUUCUAUUGUUAAUUAGAUAAGAAUAAAAGUCUCCAAAUGCUUUAAUUGUUCACUAAGUGGUUUUAAACACAGUAUGCACUGCAUACUCUAUAAAUGAACAGAGUUCUGAUGGCUUAACACUGCAUAAAUAUUUUGGGAAUUUACUUCUAGAUUGUGGUACCAGAUUCAUGUGGCUUUAUUGCUGCUUUAAGUUGUUUAAGUGUGUCGUGUUCGUUUUGUCACUUUGUUACUAGAGGUCAGGGGUUGCAAAAAUCUUUAUUACAAAAAUGAACAGUGCAAUACAGUGAGGGAAAUAAUUAUUUGAUCCCCUGCUGAUUUUGUAAGUUUGCCUGCUUACAAAGAAAUGAAGGGUCUAAAAUUGUUAUGGUAGGUUUAUUUUAACUGAUAGAGACAGAAUAUUAAAAAAAAUGUAUAUAAAGGUUAUAAAUUGAUUUGCAUUUCAGUCAGUGAAAUAAGUAUUUGAUCCCUGAGAAAAAAUAACUUUGUACUUGGUGUAGAAACCCUUGUUGGCAAGCACAGAGGUAAGACAUUUCUGAUAGUCGGUCACCAGGUUUGUGUCAGGAUACAUUUUAGUCCACUCCUCUGUCAAUCUUUAAGGUUUCUUGGCUGUCGCUCAGCAAAUUGGAGUUUUAGCCUCCUUGACAGAUGUUCUAUAGGACUAGGGUCUAGAGACUGGCUAGGACAUUUAACGUGCUUCUCCUUAAACCACUCUUUGGUUGUUUUGGCAAUAUGUUUUGGGUCUUUGUCAUGUUAAAGGCACAUCCACGACCCAUCUUCAGUGAUCUAGUUAAGGGGAGGAGGUUCUCGUCCAAGAUUUUAAGGUGAUUUUACGGCCCGUCCCUCAGCCCAUCAAUGCGGUGAAGUCAUCCUGUAACCGUAGCAGAGAAAAAGCCCUAAAGCAUAAAGUUUCCAAAAGCGUGCUUCUCUGUAGGGAUGGUCAUAGUCAGCAUUUCUCUCCCUCCAAAAACAGGAGUCAAUUUUGGUCGAACUUCAGAUGAGCCAGACAGGCCUUCUUGGGCAGGAGGACCUUGCGGGUGCUUCAGGAUUUCAAUCUAUUACGGCAUAGCGUGUUACCAAUGGUUUGCUUGCUAACUGUGGUCCCAACUGUCUUGAAAUCAUUAACAAGCUUCUUCUGUGUAUAGUUCUGGGCUGAUCUUUAACCUUUCUCAUGAUCAUCUUUACUCCAUUGGGGAAAUCUUGCAGGGAACUCCAGAACAAGGGCAAUUGAUAGUUAUUUUGUAUUUUUUCUUUUUCCAAAUAAUCGCACGAACAGUUGUCUCCUUCUCACCAAGCUUCUGUCUGUAGCCUAUUCAAAGUUUGUGCAGGACUACAAUCUUGUCCCUGAAAUCCUUUGGAACCUAUUUGGUCUUGACCAUGGUGGUGGAGAGGUUGAAAUGGAAGAUACAGAUUCUGUUGGCAGCCAGAACCGUUAUAUAACAUUCCCCCCCUCAUUUUUUGGUUGAUAUUCGGUUUCUAUCAGUCAAAAUAAACCUACCAUAAGAAUGAUAGACCAUUCAUUUCUUUGUAAGCAGGCAAAGAUCAGCAGGGGAUCAAAUUAUUAUUUCCCUCACUGUAUAUAGGAACCACUGCCUUGUUUAUAAAGAGCAUAAUUAUGUAUUCUCAUCACUGUGGAAUCCAAACAUGGCGUCAGUGUCAAUGACAUCAGCAUAUCUGACUUCUAAAGAAAAUUACUAGAAAAGUUCAUGAAAGAGGAAUCUGUUGCUGUUUCAUCUCCAGCGUUUUCUUCUUCGCAUUUUAUAAUCAUGCACUUUAUAGUUGGUCUGUGUUUUUAUGUAACAGGCACUUUAGACAUGAUCCCGUUUCCGCAUAAUUUUUAUUUGUGAUAAUGGAGGUGAGAGUGAGCUGUUGUAAACAUGUUUGGUAAGAUCUGUAUUGAUACUGUUGUAUUGAUACCUGUACUAAACAAAUACUGUGUAGCCAUACUGUUCUUUUUUAGUUGAUUUUGUUUUGUGUUCACUUUGCUUUGAUCAUUAAAGUUAUUUAUUCA